AUGGUCAACUUCACCGCAACAAACAACUGUCUACCGAGGAGUGUCAACAACUUUACAUUUCCAGAAACCAUCACUGGUCAGGCUGGUUAUUCAAAUGAAAUAUGUUCUCAGGGAACCGAAAAUGCCGGAUUUCCAAGAGCAACAGCUUUCUGUGUGAAUGGGACUUUUUUUUUACCUAAGCUGCUGGACUGUGACUUAACACUUGAUCAAAUUUAUGGAAAUCUUUCAACAUCUUCUGCCAAGCAUGACCUGGCAUAUAACACCCAGAUCCUCACAUCCAGACCAGUUCAGCUUACCACACAGAACAUCAGCAGUGCAGCAAGAAUAUCCGCUUAUCUGCUUUCACUUACGGAAACCUCUCAGGACAUCAAGGUAGCUGCUCUGACAACAGUAAGCCAGCUUCUUAAUGCCAGUAGGAAGCAGUUCUCCAACACCACUCAUGAUUCGAUCACAAGCCUUACCAAAAAUUUGACGAACUUUUCACUGAACCAGAGCGAUAUAGAACCAUUAGUGCAGCCAAACAUUGCCAUCUAUUCAAUCAAAGUUGCAGAGACUUCAGGUGUUAAGAUGACCGUUUUUGCAGAUUCUGAGCGUGACACCUUUUCACCCAACAGAAUCAAGUUGAAUUACAACAAUUCUCCUUCUGACAACAUUUCUGUUGAUGUCAACAUUAAUUUGAAUUUUAAAAAAGACUCAUCUGGAAAUACACAAAAUGAAGAUGCUGAUAUUGGUAUUGUGCUGUACAAUAAUGAUCGAUUCUUCAUGUCCAAGGUCUUCAAAGUCUAUUCAGACACCAACAGAAAAGUGAUCUCAGGAAAACUGAGGAAAGAAAACACCCUUGAGUCUGUUCAGUUUACUAUGAGUAGCGAAAAAUCAUCUUCUAAACAUGUCCAUGAGUUUGCAUGUGUAAUUUGGAAUUAUACACAGCAAGACUGGAGUACAGAGGGCUGCAAAAAAUCAGAAAAAUUUACCUGUGAAUGCAACGGAACUCCAGAUUUAGCAAACUUUGCCAUGUUGAUGAGUUAUAGCUCAAGCUAUGAAUAUUCCCUGGCAUUAAGUCUGAUCAGUAAAAUUGGCUGUGCUCUCUCUGUUGCGGGUUUGACUAUUACAGCAGUGUUCCAGAUCCUGACUAGAAAAUCUAGAAAAGCCAAUUCUACCAUCCUAAUGGUCAGCAUCUGUACGUGUUUGACUAUUGUUUACUUCCUCUUCAUCUUUGGCAUUAAUAACUCGCUCCAUCAAAGCAACAGCUUAAAUUUAUCAGAUGAAAAUGACAUUCCGGAUUCUGAAUUUUAUGUAAAACCGGACAACGGGCUAUGUACAGCAGUUGCUGUACUUCUCCACUACUUCCUGUUAGCAACCUUCACCUGGAGCACGCUCUACGGUACCUACAUAUUCCUUUCAAUCAAAAAUGCUCUGGCAGGCUCACCACGUGGCUUCAGGGUCUUUUCCAUUGUUGCUGGUUGGGGUCUUCCUGCGGUUGUAGCUGGGAUCACAUUAGGAGUUACAUAUCGGAUUGACGAACCCUUAAACUACCGUCGGGAGGAGUUCUGCUGGCUGGCUACAGUGGAUCACAACAACCAUUUUGAUGCAAGGAAACCCAUGCUAUGGGGGUUUUUGCUCCCCAUUGCUACAAUGAUCAUUUUUAACAUUGCAACCUUUUUUUACUUUGCACUCACCACCUGCAGGACGAACCCAGCUCUGAACAGCUCAAAUGUCCCAUCCCUUCAGAAAAAGAUGAUCAUUUGUAUCUCCAUGUCUGUGUUACUUGGUCUUUCCUGGAUCAGUGGCUACUUUAUGCUCAUGAGCACCAACCCCAUCAUGAGCAAUAUCCUCAGCUUCAUAUUUUGCUUGUGCAGCAGUACACAGGGCAUCCAGAUCUUUGUGUUUUUCACCUUAAGAACAUCUGUCUUCAAGAAAAAGGCUCGUGCUCUUCUGAAGUUAAUCCCUGCUCCUGUUUUUUCCUUGCACAGGAAGUCGUUUGAUUUGUGGGCCACAAAUGAGUCUCGUUCUCAAGAGAAUGACAGAUUUGUUAACUUUGAUCUUUGUGAAAUGCCUGUUCAGAACUAA